CUAUGCCUUCACAUUUAGGACCCAUAUGCCGUCAUUUUCGUUUUCUGUUCUACCAUUUAGUAUCUAUAUGUGUAUGAAUUGAACUUUAAUCGAACAUUCAUAUGAUAUGUAUGCCGUUAAAAGAAUCACAGUUCCUCUUAAUUCUCUUUGUUGGCGACGUUUAAGCUUUGUUUUGAAAGUAUAACAACACACUAUCUGGUCCAGUUUGUCACAUCGCCACAAGCUUUCAGGGAGUGGAAUUGAAGUCACUUUGAAAGAAGUCUUGGUGUUAAUUACGGACACUUUAGCAAGGAUAUGAGCGUUAACCUUACGGCAGGGGCGAUUGAGGCCCUGUUUAACGAGUGUCCGGUCGAAAAUCCAGUUCUGCAAGUUAUGAAAUGCUGUAGUUGUCAAUAAAUGUGCCUCCUUUAUCUGUCAAUGGGAGAUCCCCGGAAAGCAUGUUAGCGUUCCCUUUCUCCGCCCUACUAGAACAUCCGUGAGUACCCUCCCGGCAAACAAGGGCACACCAGAUACCGCCUGAAACUAAGCGAUGGCGUGCGCAGUUUGUCCUGCUUCCUGUUGGCAUCACAGCUGAACCACCUGAAGGAAGCGGAGCUACUGGAGCCCAAUUGCGUGUGCAUGCUCAAGAAGACCAUCUCCUCGUAUUUGGCCAAAAAACGGGUUCUGGUGGUGUUGGACAUGGAUGUGUUGCAGACCGCUGCGGAUGUGGGAGGAAAGAUCGGGAAUCCCGCACAGUUAACCGAUAAAACCGCAGAUCAGCAGGAGGCGCACCGGAGCACCUCAAGUUCCGAUGAAAUACCUGGACCCUCUGGAUACGACACAAGGAGCAGUUGUGAAAACUCCGGAAUCAAGAGUUCCCUGAUGAAAAGUUCUUGGAAAGGUUCUCCCGUGAAGGGUCCUGGGAUGCCACCCCCCAUGAAGGCGUCGCCCGUGAAGGGUCCUGGGAUGCCACCCCCCAUGCAGGCGUCGCCCGUGAAGGCUUUUGGGAUGGCGUCGCCCGUGAAGCGUUCCGGGAUGCCGUCCCCCAUGCCGGCGUCUCCCUCUCCCGGUCCUUCCCAGAGUCCAACCAAAUUGACCCCGAUAGACGAUCUCAACCCGUACGUCAGCAAUUGGACCGUCAGAGCCCGAGUGACCAACAAGUCUGACGUCUGCAAUUGGAGCAACUCGAGGGGAGAGGGGAAGCUCUUCAGCUUCGAGGUCAUGGACGAGAGUGGAGAAAUCAGGAUCACGGCCUUCAACAGUGAAGUGGACAAGUUUUUCUCCCUGGUGGAGCAAAACAAGGUCUAUCUGAUCUCCAAAUGCUCGGUGAAGCUGCCCAUCAAGCGGUUCACGUCGCUGAAGAACGACUACGAGAUCACGCUGGGCGCCAACUCUCGUAUCGUGCCCUGCGACGACGACCAUGACGUGCCCACCGUGCACUACGACUUUGUGCCCAUCUCGCAGUUGGAGGCCAAAGACCCCGAAUCCAUCAUUAACGUGAUUGGUGUGUGCGAGGAGGCCGGGGAAGUGUCCCUGAUCACCACGAAGGCCGGGAAACCGCUCUUCAAGAGGGCGCUCGAGCUGACCGACGCUAGCGGGAAGACGGUGACGCUCACAUUGUGGGGAGACAAGGCUCAGAGGUUUGACGCCUCCUGUCACCCGGUGGUGGCCGUCAAAGGGGCUCGCGUGUCGGCCUUCGGCGGCCGCUCGCUGUCUGCGCCCUUCAGCUCCACGCUGAUGGUCAACCCCGACAUCCCCGAGGCCUUUGAGCUCAGAGCCUGGUACAACCAGGUAGGCCACGGCCUGUGCAGUCAGUCCUUGACGGAGGUCCGGUCCCCAAAUGGCGAAUUCAGGACCAACUGGAAGUCUCUGAGCGACGUCAAGACAGAACAACUGGGACAUGACGGGAAGGGUCGCGGGGAGUGCUGGAGCCUAUCCCAGCUCUCAACAGGGCAGGAGGCGGGGCACACCCUGAACUGGUUGCCAGCUAAUCGCAGGGCACAUCGAGACAAACAGCCACACCCACAAUCACACCUUGGGGCGUACUACUUCAGCAGCGUGGCGACGGUUGUGUACGCCUGCAAGGAGAACGCCCUCUACCGGGCGUGCCCCGCCGGGUCCUGCUACAAGAAGGUCCAGGAGCGGGACGACGGACGCUACCACUGCGACAAAUGCGGCAAGGACUACCCCGUUUUUAAGUACCGUUUCAUGCUCUCUGUGAACUUGGCCGACUUUGGGGACAACAUGUGGGCCACGUGCUUCCAGGAAACGGCCGAGACCUUGUUGGGUCUCAACGCUGAGCAACUGGGACACCUGAAGGACACCGAUGAGGACGCGUUCAAUGAGGUUUUCCAAAAAGUCUACUUCAGCUCGCACAUCUUCAGGAACAGAGUCAAGCUGGAGAUGUACAACGACGAAUGUCGCAUGAGGGUGACCGUGAUGGACGUCCUCCCGCUGGACCACCGGCAGUACAGCAGGAGGCUCCUGAACAGCGUCCGAGCGCUGGCCCGGGAUAACUGAGGGCCACUUGAGUCCAAACGCCUAACGAGAAGGAAAUGACGCUAAAUAUAAAUUGUUUAUUUUUUUCAAUUUGAUUUGGACUUGAUUUGUGUGUGUGGACUUUGUUUUGUAAUCAUCUAAUGCAGAAGGUAUUUUUUUUUGUGUGUGUGACUCAUAUUGUGUGUUUGUUGUGCAUAUGUGGGUUGUUUUAAAAAAAAAAUUUAAUUCACUCUUGAUUCGUGACCUGUGGGGGGGGGGGGGGCUUUGUUAAGACAACCACACACACAAAAAAGUGUUUAAAAGAGUUUGUUAACGUCAUACUUUUUUGUUUGUUUUUUAAUGAGUGACUCGAUGGAUGUAUGCGACAUACAAAGAUUUGCAGCCAGCGUUCAGUUUAGCACUUCGGACUGGACCACCCAGACCGGCCCGUAGACUUCAUAAGUGCUACACCAACUUGAUUAUCUUAUGAACUUUUUUUUUCCAUAGUUGGAGGCCGGAGAUUUCCAUUUCCCAGUUUCCCAAAAUGCACUUUUUUCAGUUGUAGGUGGAAAGUCGACUUUUUGAUGUUGCAGGUAAAGUCGUCUCAUUCGAACAGGUUGGAAACGUGGGUAGGACUAAAUGGAACAGUCCUAAAAUUUGGUUCAGGUCCUACCUUCUGGAUGAAAUGAUUUCAUUUCUAAAUUUACUGUAAUGCACUUUUCCUCAAUUGAGACCAGAAAUGUCCCAGAGGAAUAAUUCCCAUUUUCUGGGAAUAUGAUUUUUUCUCGUCGAAUAUAGGAAAUGUUAAACUUAAGUUUCCGAACUGCACUUUUGCCUUUUUUGAGCUCCCAAUUUUUCUGGAAUGCACUUUUCGUAGUUGGAGUUGUUGGGAAUGAGAUGCGAUGCGAUUCCUGGAAUGGCCUUGAGUUUGGACUUUUUUUUUUUUCCCCCAUCUGCCUGCCCAGUGAAAAUUAAUUUUUGUAGUUGCAAAAUGUCCUGGAAUGCAAAGUAGAAAUUAUAAAGUACAUUUCCUUGACCUUCUCAAAUUUGUUUGGACGCUUUGUAUAUAUUUCAUAUUUCGCCAGUUUGAGUUCAAUUUCCCACUUUGCUGGCAUAAACUUCCAAUUCUUUUUUUUUCUUCUUCUUUUUUUGGGGAGGAGAGGUUGGAAAUGCCAAUUUCCUGUUGUCUUUGAAUGUAGCUUGAAAGAGGGAAACAGCUGAUGGGCACUUCCAAAUGGAUUCAUUUCAGUCCCCCCCCCACCCCCGAUCCCCCCAUGUUGCUCAAGCCAAGACUUACUUAAUAUGUCUUUAUUUAGUGGAGCGGUAUUACAUAACUCCAGUGUGUGUUUUGGACGACAUUGUAAGAGCAGCUGAGCUUUUCAAAU